CGCGAGAGAGUGCGAACGACGGAAACCUGCAUCUACUACCCAGGCCUACUACUACCACUAGUACGCGGAACGGGCACACGGGAUACUAGUUGCCAUCGGUGUCCCCCAGCAGUAGCAGCAAAUCGAGUGAUCCUCGAAUUCCGCGCCGCAAAUUGACACGUUUCGGAAGGAUUACGACCCGGAGGGGCAGCUCUCCGUCCUGUGGUCCUGUGGGAAGGGUGGUGACCAUUGUGUGAGUCAGUGAACAGUGGAGUGUGGAGGAAGUGGGGGGGUUCGGUCGUCGCCGCGCAACCUUUGUUUAUAGGACGGGUUCACGGCGGGACAGGAAGUUGCCAGGCGCCAGCACCCGGUGUGGGGGGAGAACUGGGAACGGGGUCUCCACAGUUACGCGAAAGGGCCGCCCCGUUUGAUCCAGGGCAUCGCCGUGUGGUGACGUAGUGCGCGGUGGUUCGAGGCAGCUGCGUUGGUGAAUAAAUUUGACAUUUAUUUGUUAUUGACCCGCGUUGGCGAGCAAGAAGAUACGCACGAGUAUGCACGCGUGAGGAAUGUGCAGCACCAUCCAUCGCCAUGUACUAGCAUUUGCUGCCACCUUCUCCACCUUCACCCUCCGCCAUCAUCAUCAUCAUCAGCGGCAGCACCCCCCAAACGAAUGAAAGGCGGCUCGACGACGACGACGACGUGCUCCCCGUGUGAUUGCACACAUUCGCGCACAUACGCACAUACAUUGGUGACGGCAGUGGCCGCGGUAGGGAGUAGGGGGAGUCGCGGGUCCGGUGUCGAGGUCGGCGCACGUGUGCGAAAAAGUGAACUCACAAUACGACACUUUGCAAACGCAGUCCGCCAGCAGCUAGCAGCGAUAGAAGCGAACGAGGGAGGUCACGAACAGUACCAGCAGUGGCAGUGGCAGUAGCAACAGCAACAGCAACAACAACGGCAACGAGGCAAGGCCUUCUUGGCUCGGUCGACGACGGAACACACGGGGUGUCACUCAGCAGAGAGGGCCCAUCAUCAUCAUCAUCAUCAUCACACCCUUAUCCACCUCGCUAACGCACGCACAGUCUGUGGAUCGACGACAACGAGGGCGGUGGUCAGAGGGCAACGGAGAGUGCAGUGUCGCGAUUCGCAUUUCGCCGACCAUCAUCGACGGUGGCCGCGUUAUCGAAGCAGCCCUUCCGUUCCGUUCCGUUCCGUCGUGUUGUUCGACGGUUGCCAUUGAGAUUUCGUUCUACUGGUGUACGUGCGCGUGUGUCGAUGUGCUUUAUGAGACGCGUAGUAGGCCAAACCACACUAAACACAACAAUCGCGCGCGCAUCGCCUUCCUCGCGCGGCCUCCAUACGUCGUUGUGUGCCUGGUUGGUCGAGGCCAUCCAAACCCAAGGAGAAGCAGCCGCAACACGCUGCUGGUGACCUGGCCCUGAGCGCGCUAAUGCGUAGUACACUACUACUUGGCUUCUUGCAAAGCUAAAGCAACGGCAGUUUGCGACUUUGUACCAACAGCAACAGCAACAGAAGCAACACGCAACAACCUCGACGACGACGACAACGACGACGAUCAUCGGGUUUGUUGAGGGAUUGGCGGCUUUGAACCUCGUGUUGCUGUGACCGGCCCCGCUCACUCUCUCGCGAUUGUGUAGUGUGUAUGAGUGUGCCGAGGUCGAUUCCGGCGCGAAGUGAAAGUCCAAUCGAACCCCAUCGACCGUGCCGUGCCCACACGUCCCCCCACCACCCCACCCGCGACACCGGGCUGAGGUGAUCGAUCUCCGAUCGCGAGUGAGUGUGCGAAUCUCUCCCCCACCGGGGCGGGGAGUGGGGCCCAACCCAACAGCCGGCAACGGACGGAAGAAAGUGUCGUCCUCGGGCGGGUAGAUGCCACGCCGGGGGGAAGGGGAGAGGACGCAAUGAGUGAGAGCAGGAAGGACAAUGACGCAAGAAGAAGAAGAAGUGUUGCUAGUGAAUCGGUUGGAUCGGUGCUGCCGGUUGUGCCUUUCCGGUGAAGAGCUGAACUGCAGUCUGUUUCCGGACGACCACGCCACGCAUCCCGAACGUGGCCAUCCUGCUCCACCUGCCCAUCAUCAUCCGCAUCCGCAUCCGGAUCCGGAUCAUCAUCACCACAACGGUGCUGCUGACGCUGCCGCCGAUCGUCGGGAGCAGAUCAUCGAGAUGAUCUUGGAGUGCACCUCGAUUCAGUUAACCUUGGAGCAGGACUACCCGGCGAAGGUCUGCGAAAAGUGUGUCGAAACGCUCGACAAGUUUUAUCAGUACCGGAGGCGAUGCCUGCUCAACGAUCAGAUACUGCGGGCGGAAAGGUUGCGAGGUCACGCGGCAGACAAGGUGCGCUGCAGUGGCGGCGGCACCGCACUGGCCACAAACGACAAGGUUGCGGUGCGGUACGCGAACGAGACGACGACCACGAUGACGGAGGGUCGUGAACAACAGCAACGCUCACAUCGGUCCGCGGUCUCCCCACCAUCGGUACCGGUUCCCGAUCCCUCCAGCUCACCGGCAGCAUCUGUUGUGGCCAACCACAAUAACGGCAGCAACAGGAGUUCACCGAAGAUUUGGAUCAAACAUGAACCACAGCCUGUGGCCGGUGGUACACCCGGUACCACUCCUCCUCCUCCACCACCACCACCAUUGCUGUUGGAGCACCAGGAACCGGAACAGGAAGCACCACCUCCCGCCGUAUCGCCCGCAGAGUCAUCUUCGUCGAUUCUGCGCAGUAUACUGCUACAGACACGGGAUCAAUCGACGGUUGCAAGCCAUCGAUCGUCACCGAGUAACUCGGAGCUGGAAUCUCCGGCCCGCCAGACUCCACCGGCACCAGCAGCACCUCCACCGGUGCAUCCGGGGCCACCAGGUUUGCUGCCACUUCCAACGAAAGCUUCACCAUCCCGUGCCGGUGGUGCGGUUGGUGCCGCUAACAACACCGAGGAGGAACCGGAAGACAUUAAACCGUCGUUACUGCAGCAGAUGUUGCUGCAGCAUGGAUCCUCACCGCCAAUGACCGCACGAUCCUCACCCCCGAAAGCUUCCUCCGGUGCGGGUACACCGUUGGCGGUGCCAAGUGCCGGUAGUGGAAGCGGUACGACCAUGCACGCCGGUUCGCCGCUCCCUACCACACCAUGUUCCUCUUCUUCGCUCCUGAAACGGAUGUUACUGGAUGGAUCGGCGGCAGCAGCUGCAGGAGCAGGAACCGGAAGUGGAACCGCCAUACCUGGACCAUCGCUUGAGCAGCAGCAGCAGCAGUUGUUGCCUCGUACGAAAAGUGAACCAACGGCAGCGACGGCUGCCAGCACACCAUCACCUCCAGCAGGAGCAGCAGCACUACCACCACCACCACCAUCGUCUCAUCACCGGGGGUCCUCGGAAUUGACGACCGAAACACCGCUUGCCUCGCAGCUGCGCUCAAUAUUGCUGCAGCACCGAUCGGCUGCCCUGACUGCCCCCCCGGGCACACUGGAAGAGGAGGAGGAUGAACGGAUGGCGGACGAGAAACCGGAAGUGUCGUACGUGCGGAGUCUGUUCCUGCGUAACGAUGAUUCGGAUGAUUCCGAGUGUGAACCACCGGCUACCGAUGAUCAGCGGGAGUUACUGCUGUAUGCCAUGUUCCAUGAGCUAAGGGCUCGCCAGCAAGAGCAGCAGCAACUACAGCAUCAGCACCACCAACCCCUACACGGUGCUGGUGCUGGUGGUGUAGAAUCGUCAAGCGAAGAAUCGGACGAGUUGUCCGAUGAGCUACCACAGGAUUACCGGUUGCCGAGUGUCGUUCGGCGCCGCAGCACCGAAUCUUCGACGACGGAUUCACGGACCAGCAGUAAACGGCGCCGGAUGGAGUAUCCGUGUUUGCUGUGCGGUCGUACAUUUGCUGGGCGCAGCAAGCUCGUGCUACACAUGCGCACGCACAUGAUGGAAAUGGCCGCUGGUUCGGCGACAAACACGGCUACGACGGGCACCACCUGCACUUCCACCACCACCACGGCCACCACCAAUACGGUCGCAUCGUUGGCGGGCGUUUUGCACGCCAAGCUCCUCCAAGAUCAUGGUUCCACGCUAAGCAACGGUGGUGGCUCGGUGGUAGAUGAUGAUGAUUCCUCGUUGAUGCGACGGUUGGCCGGUGGCCAGUUUCCGAACGCUGCCCAUCAUCCGGCCCUACAUCUGGCCGGUUCAGCGGCUGUUGAUGCACAACUGCUGAUGGGCGGCAAUGGCGGUGGCGGUGGCGGUGGCGAUGGUACGAACGAGGAUGAGAUCGAUAUGCUCGAGCGUCGAUCGUACGCGUGCUACAUCUGUGGUGCCGACCAGGGCAAUCUGCAGCAGUUACGGGAGCAUCUGCUCGAUGCGCACCAGGAUCGGGUGCGAUCGAGGGGUAGGACGCGCGAGCGGCCGAAAACGACGAUCAGCUGCGAGAUCUGCGCCCGCCAGUUCCGCAGCCAGUUCGCCUACGGUGAGCACAUGCGGACGCACACCGGCGAGCGGCCGUUCCCGUGCGAUCAGUGUGAUAAGCGGUUUCCCCGGCGGUUCCAGCUGCUCGGCCAUCUCUACAAUGUGCACAAGCAGUCCUGGGUCGCGGACGAGUCGAAGGCCAAGUUUGCGCGGAAACAAUAACACCUCCAGCACCAGGCCGGUAUCCCGGACAGGGACCCACCCAUCCCGUAGCUCUGCUGGCGUGGGCGUCACCGUGCGCAACACCCCAGGGCCGGUGCCGGGAAAAUACGAAUUUUAUUCCCCUCCUCUUAACGCGAUCCCCUCACGUUUUAGGCUCAUGUGCGUCUUUUCCUUCCGCCGGAACUCGCACCUGGAAUGUAAGAAAGGAAGGGGGAGCUAGGGUGUAGAGAGCAUGAAUCAAAAGGACGAGGGGUGACUCCUAGGGCGCGGUGUGCGAGACAAGCGCAGCGCGCUUGUUCGCCUGCUCGCUCGCUCGCUCGCCCGCCCGCCCGUUCGUCGUAUGAUAACAUUUCCUUUUUUCGUUUUUAUUUGUUUGUUUUGUAGCAUAAUUGUUGAACGUUUAUACAAGCAAGAAUAUACUUAUAUAUACAGUCGGAUAUUUUUUAACAAAACCAAAAAACCAGAAAAAUCGAAAAUGACUCGCAUU